AGUCUAAAUGGCAUUGGUAUCCAGCUUUAAAAACACAUUCUCUAUAACGUUAAAUAGUACACUGUAGUUUAGAUAUCCUAAUUAUCGGACAAAAGAGGCAGAGGACGUUAAACCCGUUACAGUUCUGCAGUCUGAACAGUAUGAACUUUUAUUUUGAAAAACCGAUGGCAGCGUUAUUUUGUUUGUCACUACCUCCGCUGAGCAGUGAGCACGGGACGUGUUCGGAUUGGAGGUGAAAGAGAAGAUUGCAACAUAGCAGCCUUUAAUAAGGGGAGGAUCUGUGCACCGAGCAGCACAGUGAAAGCGCAACAACAUUAGCAGCGGAAAGUUUACUGGGACUCAGUUCAGCGGAAGUGGAGCUCGAGCCAAGUCAGUUUUCGCAACAGGUGUCAGUAGUUGUGUGGCUCCCCGUUUCCAGCAUCCGAAGUGCUUCAGAAAAGUGAGUAGAACAAGUUUUCGUCGGUCAGAAGGGUAAACAUGUCAAACCUCCGACCCAGACUUUGUUUGCUGGAGAAAGGAUCCAGCGGCUACGGGUUCCACCUGCACGGGGAGAAGGGCAAGACCGGGCAGUUUAUCAGGCUCGUGGAGCCCGACACUCCCGCCUCCGCGGCCGGGCUUCUGGCGGGCGACCGCCUGGUGUUCGUGAAUGGAGAGAGCGUGGAGGGCGAGAGCCAUCAGCAAGUGGUCGCCAGGAUACGGUCCACAACCGGGGCUCUGGAGAUUAUCGUGGUGGACGACGAGACGGCUGAGUUGCUGAAGAAACACAACCUGCAGUGCCGGAAAGAGUUCGUCACGGAGGGGAUUCCCCUGCCCGGGGGGGACAGCGACUCUGACCGCGGGGACUCGCAGAGCAACGGCACCCCGAGAGAGUCCAGCCCUGCCCCGCCUGAGAACGGGGAUGCUUCCUCGGAGAGCUCGGACAGGUCGGGGAGGCUGAGUGUCAGCUCCAACACCAAGGAGGAGAGAGGCGGGCUGCGGCCGCGGCUCUGCCACAUGAAGAAGGGAACUAGCGGCUACGGCUUCAACCUGCACAGCGAGAAGUCCAAACCGGGCCAGUACAUCCGAGCUGUGGACGAAGACUCUCCGGCACAGAGAGCCGGCCUCCGGCCACAGGACAAGAUCAUCCAGGUGAAUGGCCAGUCAGUGAUUGGCCUGCAGCACUCUGAGGUGGUCGCAGCCAUCAAAGCAGGAGGAGACUCCACCUCACUGCUGGUGGUGGAUGCAGAGUCUGAGGAGUUCUUUAACAGAUGCAGAGUCUUGCCCACUGAGGCACACGUCACCGGACCUCUUCCUGAGCCAGCAUCAGAGAAGGAGGCGAAGCCCAAGGUGUCGGUGAGCUCGUCGGCCUCCAGUGCGUCCUCCACCGCCUCGCUGCCAGCAGAGGUGGAGCGGGCCCCCAGGGCGGCCCCAGCAGCUGACAGCCUGGGUCUGAGCAUGUCGCUGGCCGAGGCCAAAGAGAAAGCCCGGCAGAAACGAGCUGCCAAGAAAGCCCCGACCAUGGACUGGAGCAAGAGGAACGAACUGUUCGGCAACCUAUAAUCAUCUUCAUCUUCAGGUCCAUCCUGACCUUUUACCGCCCUGUGUCCGCUCGCUGGAUUUGGUUUUAACUUUGAUGAACACAAUGUUCAUUUAGAACAUUUUGAACUCAUCUUAAACAGUAUUAUUUGAUGAUUUUAUUUCUUUUAAUUUAGCCACUUUUUCUUUCUCAUGUUUUAAUAAUUGUUGACGUCACACACAGGAAUGAAUUUUAAUAUAUUAAGAAUCUUUUAAAGAGUGAAUAAAUUGUAAUGGACAGGUUCUCAAAUGAAAAGGACCAUUUAAGGAAUAAUGGGGCAUAGGGAAAAAUGUAUUCUUGGCAGAUUUUGAGUCAAAAUGUUAAAUCUACAGUUGGAACAAAUGUCAGAGUUUGAUGUCUGCAAUCAGCAACUAGAAUGAAAGAAUCUCCAUUAUCUCUGCUCAGUUAUCUGUGAAUCAUCAACGCGGAAUAACUCUCCCGAGCCCUUGUUGUCAGCAGCGUGUUAAAGUCUUCACAUGGUUGAAGGGACUUUGUAGAACGAUUAAAGCUCCGGUCUUAAGCCUGAUUUAUACUUUUGCGUAAAAUCUACGCCAUGGCUACACGACCCUACGCCAUAGCCUGACUUGCAGCUCUCGAAAAAUUGAACUACACGUCGCGGCAUGGUAGCGUUGCAUCCCACUCAUUUCCUCGUUCUCUUUCUCCAUAAACAUUUAAUCAAGGAGAGGGUUAACUUUUCCUGCUCCAGAUUCCCCACCUUGGUCAGAAAGAACAGGGGAGACAUUUUGUUCCUCUCACUAGGACUCUAGAAUCGCUACUUGCUCUCACACACUCCCCACACACAGGGCGGCCCUGCUAUUCUCUUAAAGAGAUCGACACACGCGCCAACGCACAAGUAGAAACUUCAGGCCACUUAACGUAGGCUAAGGAGAAAGAUCUGCGUGGAGCCUCCGCAGAAGCAUAAAUCAGGCCUUACUGCAAACAAUAUGUCACGUCUCUCCAGUUAUCUUUCGCGCCAGCGUUUCUCUCGUCAUCUUCUGACUCUUGGACUUUACAGAUUAUUUUUUCAUGUUGCUCUUGAUAGAUGAAUGUACAUACAGAAAUAAAAUGAUUUAAGAGAACAUGUUAUUUUGAGAGAAAUUAAGCUUCCUAGUAAGUUGUGUUGAUUCUGCUGAAAGCGGCAUCAGAAUGGGAGAAUGUGUGCAGGGGAACCGAUGCUGCAGAAUGAACUGAUGAGCAUUCACAAUUAUAACCUUUGGAUCAAA